GAACAGAGAAGUGGAAAAUGAAGAUGAAAGUAACUGUAGCUGACAGAACAAGACGCCAGAAAACUCACCAGUACUGACGAAAGGGAAUCAAAUCAGCUAUUUCAUUAUUUGUGGAACUGUACAGUGUUUAGUGAAUAUAUAUGUAUAUUAUUAAUUUAUUGCACUUCGUGAAGGAAACUGUUUAGAAAUCAAAGUGUCUUACACACGUGAUGUACUUAUAUUGUGUCACAUUUUCAGAAAUUCCAGUAGGUUAAAAGCCAAAUCUCUAAUUUUACUUAUUAUUCUGAAUAAAAUCUUAGAAAUGUAUGUGAAUAACAAUUCGAAAAUUAAAAUAAAAAAUAGUGGUAAUAUUCAAGAUUAAAGAAACCCUAAUAAAAAGUUAGAAGUUGGAAGUUAUAUUUUAUUCAGGGAAAUUUGCUUGACAAUGACACUUGACAAAGGCUGAGUUAAUAGAUUGUGACUAUAAACAGCAACAACGCUAAGCAUCACAUCAACAACAAUAACAGUAGCAGUAACAAGGAGCCUGGUACAGCAGUAGCAGUAACAAGGAGCCUGGUGCAGCAGUAGCAGUAUGAGGGUCUGUGAGGAAGCCACAACUGUCUCUCUGCUGCUACUGGGUUGGCUGCUGCCUCUGGCCUCACCACGACCAGGUGGGUCAGUCCUGAGCAGCGACUCUCCCCACUUGUUCCUGCACACUCAUCACAACUACAGUUGUGAGAACGGAGAGCUGCGAUCUGACUGGACGUGCGACUGUGACCCGUGUUGGGAGGGUCAUUCCUGUCGUACCUACGUGGACUACUACACUCCGCGCUUCCUGGUUCACGCCGCAACGGCUGUCCUUCCUGUCAACGCUACGGGUGUGGUCUACCGGGCAUGGAGCACAGACGAGGACCUGGGUCUCACCUGCCCCCUGGGACCAGGAGACUCAGCCCGCUGCCCGUGUGCCACCGUCACAUAUCGCCUCUUCGCUGCCCCUGGGGAUACUCACUUCGACCUAGACCCAGUGACGGGCAUUCUUUCCAGGAACACCCAAGUGCCCCUCCGCGUCGGGGCCACCUAUAUGUACAAGGUUAUGGUACAAGGGAUGGCAAUAGAGGGAUUAGCGGAGGACUUGCCCUACGAUCUGCUAACAUUGAAGGUGUACGUCAGUUCUGACCACGUCAGGAAGAUCCCUUGGACUUAACAACCUGUGGUCGGCCUGCUUCUUCGGUGGAGCGUUGAGAAUUUGGCAUCAAAUAUCAGUUGUUGAAGUGGCGGAAUCACAGGUAUCAGCUGCUGACAUCGACUGUAGUGUUGGCAUUUCACACACCAGCUGCUGACAUCUGCACUUUGGAAACCUGAAAUGAAAGUUGCCAAGACCACCUACAGUGCUGGUAUCUCAAAUGCCAGCUGCUGACACAAUCUCCAGUGUUUGUACCCAAGACGCCGGCCAGUUAGUUGUGCUGGUGUGCCAGCUGUUUGUCUUCAGUACCAGAUGAUGUAGCAGAUUUUUUGACCUGAGUACAAGGUGGUGCACUAUGCAGUGCAACAUGUAGAGAGCCAGGCGGAGCUGCGAAGAUCCUCUCGGAGAAACAACAUUUACAGCUACUGAAGCGCCAGUCGGACAGCACAGGAUUACCUACUCUAUUAAAAGCUCUUCCAUACAAUUUAUUAGGUUUACCAAGAGACGCUGUGACUUAUCAAAUGUUCUGACUUACAUAAAUAGCAGUGAGAAAAUAUUUUCCUACCCAGUUGUUAAGAAACAAAAAUGCUUUCGGGAAGCCUAGACACAGUGUAAGAGUAAAUAUAUUACACUGUGAGGGUCCUCUUGUGUUAGCAGCAGUGUGUAGUGUAGUUCUUGAAAGUUACUCAUUGUUUCUUGGAAAAGCCUCGCCAGGCAGUUUCUUCGACGAUGGUGAGUCAAUGUUGAGUCAACCUUCUUUAUUACUGAUUCACGACAUUCAAAAGAAGAGGAAACUUACUUUCGUAAUGAGUCAUUGGUCUUCAAGAUAAUGUAACUCUCAUCACCUUCUUAUUUGCUCUUGUUCAUGACUUUCUGAAACAAAGUGAACAUGUUCAAGGAGAGGUUUUGUGUGUUUUAGUAAACAACCUGGAGAGAUUGUAGCUUGAGGUGUUGAGAGCUUAUUUAUAUUGAGAGUUUAUUUAUAUGCUGUCGGUAUAGUAUACCAACUGCAUAUAAAUAAGACACACAAUGAAUGUUAUGGCAUUUUAUUUGAAAGACAUUUCAUCCACCAUGAACUUUAUAAUUUCCCAGUGAUAAAGUUCAUUGUGGACAAAAGCUUCAUCAGAAUAAAAUGUCAUAAUCCGCACUGUGUGUCUAGUUUAAACAACUUCCAAGAUGCAUAAAUAUAUGUAACGUAACUGUGUACAUUCUUUUGAUUCUUCCUUCCUUUCUUAACACUCUGCUUUUUCCCAAUUUCAUCUAUUUUCCUCAACAUCAGGAAUUUACUUGCAGGGGAUAGAUACACUUUGGAUAAAUUUUAAUUAAUCUUCAGACAUAAUUCGAGUUUUCAACCUCCAUGGAGUUAUCAUUCGUAUCAAGGACUCCUUUCCAUCUGUUUCUUCUUCUUACUUCAAAAAGAAAACAAGCUUGCUGGAGCUUCAGUGGUAAUCUGAACAAUUUUUAGUUUUCAGGGAUUCUCCUCCUCAAAGAGCACUCGUACCAUUCAGUCGGAAAAUCAUUUUAUCGCGUCAUUACUAUUUCCCAACUCAAUAUAUUAUUUUGUCAAGCCAUUAUAUCUUCGACGAACACGUGUUUACGAGUGACGCCAAUAUCUCCAUUAUGUUCGCGAGGUGCUCCAUUAACACGAGUAUGGUCGUGAGAAGCGCCAAUACUUCCAUAAUUUUUGCGAGAGCAUUAUAGAGGUAUUGGCGCAAUAGUACCUCCAAUAUAUAACGCUACGUCCAACACGCUUGUGAAGGCACUGGUACCUCCAUGAGGCUCUUGAGAGGUACCAGCACCUCCAGUACGGUCAUGAGAGGCAAGGCACCAGCAAUGCCAACAUGCUUGAAUUUCUCCAACAUAUUCGUGAGAAAGUUGGAGUACCUCAGAUAUACUUGCAAAGCGUCUGACUGCCUCCCACUUUUAGGUACUGGUGGAGCACCAGUACCUCCAAAAACUUUAA